AUGGAUGCCUUUGAAAGCAGUAAUUUACAGAUGUGGAGAUUUCAUAGUGUGCCAUUGUUGGGACCGUGGGGAGGUGUUAACUAUACACCAUUGUUAGUUUUGCGUCAAGUUUGGCUCAAACAGUUUAUACCACCAACUCAUAAUUUACAAGACUCUGAUUUUGCAUACGAUCAUGAAGAUUGUCAAAGGAAAAAACAUCGAGCAGUAUGUGCAUGGAAGUCUGUGAGGAAGAUAAAAGACAAAGGACACUAUGAAGGGGUUACUAGUGGAUAUGAGGCGUGGCAGACAAAUAGAAGGAAGAAUGUAAUAUAUACCUUAAGGGAGGUAGUUGAAAGGGUAGAGGAGCCAAGCUCUGAACAACCAGACCAGUGGGUUGAGAAGAUCACUAAAUUAGAGGAGAAAAAUCGACUGUUAGAGCAAGAGAAUGAGAAACUUCAAAAAGAGACGAGCCAAUGGAUAGAUCAUGCGACUUUUUUGCAGAGAGAGCUUGAAAAGACCAAGAGUUUCUUAAAAAACCAAGAUAAAUUAGAAAAGAAUCUUGAGGUGUUAGAUGAAGAGAUGAGGCGAAUGAAUAAGUCGAAUAGAAGUUUGAAAAAUGAAAAGACAAUAUUACAGGCAACAGUAGAAUCACAAGAUGAAUAUAUUAAAGACUUAGAAAACAUGAAGGAAUAUUAUCUCGAGCUUGUCAAUGAUUUGAAAUCGUCAAUUGGUAAACGGGAAGCACAAAUAGUAGAUUUGGAAGUACACAAUUGUUCUCUACGCCAAACUGUCGAUAGCCUACAUGUGAAGAUGGUCGAGCACUCUGAAGAUUAUAAGAUACUGAAAAAUUAUGCUGAUUCCUUACACCAUCAGCUUACUGCAUUUCAAAAUUCAAGUGAGAGAAUAGUGCAAGAAUACAAAUUAUUGAAGACAGAUUACAUGCAAAUGAAGGUUGAUUAUGACUUGCAAAGGAGAGAUUUUCAAACGUUAGUUGAACGUGUAGAUCAAACAAUUGGAUUUCUCAGAAUAGUGUCUAGAAGAGCAAAUGGUUUUGCGGAAUGGGCAGCUGAUUUAAGGAUUAAUUUUUUCUCAAUACGACCACAUUCAGAUGAUCUUAAUAGAUUCUUAAAGAUGAUAUGCAGAGAACUUGGACAUUUUGGAAAAGGAAAAGUCGUCGUAGAAACAGCACAAUCAAGUAAUCCGGUUCAAGACACCGAUGAUCCCAUUUAUCCCCCAGGAUUUACGCCACGCCACAUGAACGCUACACAGUCUCAAACUGCUCAACAUUAUGUUGCUAUGAAUCCACUUUUUGAUGUUCCACCUCCUGUCCCAGAUAUAGAACAAUUGGAAGCUCAGGCUAAAAUUCAAGACAUGGGGCAAAAUGAAAACACUCCGGCUAAGCAAAAACUAGAUGUUUUGGAAGAAAGAUUGCGAGCAAUUGAAGGGACUGAUGUUUAUGGAAAUAUAGAUGCAACACAGUUGUGUUUAGUACCGGGUUUGAUCAUUCCAACAAAGUUUAAAGUUCAAUUUGACAAAUAUGAUGGAUCAUCGUGUCCAAGGAGUCAUCUUAUAAUGUAUUGUAGAAAGAUGGCAGCGCAUAUUGGUAAUGAUAAAUUGUUGAUCCAUUGCUUUCAGGACAGUUUGACUGGUCCAGCUACUCGAUGGUAUAUUCAAUUAGAUAAUGCACACAUUCAUGUUUGGAAGGAUUUAGCUGAUGCAUUUCUAAAGCAAUACAAACAUAAUAUUGAUAUGGCUCCAGAUCGUUUAGACUUACAACGGAUGGAGAAGAAAAGUUCAGAAAGCUUUAAAGAAUAUGCUCAACGAUGGAGAGAUAUAGCCGCAGAGGUUCAACCACCAUUAACAGACAAAGAAAUGACAUUUAUGUUUAUGAAUACUUUGCGGGCGCCGUUCUAUGAUCGAAUGAUUGGUAAUGCUACAACCAAUUUUUCUGACAUUAUUGUUAUUGGUGAAAGAAUUGAAUAUGGGAUAAAACAUGGGAGGUUAAUAGAGACUUCAGCUGAGUAUGGUGGAUUAAAGAAAGGAGCAACACCUAAGAAGAAAGAAGGUGAGGUUCAUGCAAUUGGUUUUCCUAAUUUAGGGAACCACAAAUCAACUUUUGGCCAAAGAAAACAUGACCAAAGUUUUCCUUCAUAUAUAAGCAAUGUUACUCAUAUCCCUUAUAACAACUAUGUACCAACCCACUCUCCCUCUGGAGCCCCAAAACUUGUAAAUUCAAACUUUUCUCGACCGUUUGUACAAGGUCAGGGUAGCAAGACCAACUCAGAAACAUUUCGAUUUGACCCAAUUCCUAUGACAUAUACAGAGCUUUUACCUCAGCUAGUUCAUAAUCGACAGUUAGCUCCUAUCCCAAUAAAUCCUAUACAACCUCCUUAUCCAAAAUGGUAUGAUCCAAAUGCUCGAUGUGAUUAUCAUGCCGGAGGAGUGGGACACUCAACUGAAAAUUGUUUAGCUUUGAAAAGGAAGGUGCAAUCUUUAAUUAAUGCUGGAUGGUUGAGCUUCAAAAAAGCUGGUGAGAAGCCGGAUGUCAACAACAAUCCACUUCCUAAUCAUGAAAAUUCAAAAGUGAAUGCGAUAGAUUGUUUUGUUGGAAAGUGUAAAAAUGAAGUUCAUGAGAUAAGGAUGCCUAUGGAAACACUUUUUGAAGGUCUUUUUGAAGCAGGAUAUGUUAGUUUGGAGUAUUUAGACCCCAAUAUAAGAUACGAAGGAUACGAUGAAGGCAAACGUUGUAUAUUCCAUCAAGGAGUUGCAGGCCACCUAUCCAACGAUGUUAUACUCACAGUAUACGAAGGACAAGGAAAAGAUGAGAUGAAAGACAAUAAAAUAUGUACAUUAAUGGGUGAAGUUGCAAAAAAGGAAAAUCCCUUUUUACCAAGGCCUUUGACAGUCUUUUAUCAAGAAAAUCGUAAUAAAUCAAGUUCUUGCAAUCCUAAACAACUCAUUGUCGAAGUACCGAGUCCUUUCAAAUUUAAGGAUUUGAAAGCGGUGCCAUGGCGGUAUGAUUGCCAAGUCAUUACAGGUCCUUCAGUUGAUAAUAUUACAGGAAUCAGCGGGAUAACUCGAAGUGGAAGAUGUUAUAAACCAGAUAAUUUAACAGCUCCUUCAAGUAGUUUAACAUUGGGGCAAGGGAGGAAAAGUGAGAAAAGAAAUGUGAAUGAACAUGACAAAGAGCAGGAUGUAGAGAUGUCUGUCACAAAAGAUAUAGAAUGCAAAAAACCUGUUACAGAUGAGGCAGCAAACGAAUUCUUGAAAAUAGUAAAACAAAGUGAGUAUAAGAUCAUAGAGCAAAUGCAUAAUACUCCAGCUCGAAUUUCUUUAUUAUCUUUGUUUUUAAAUUCAGAGCCUCAUCGCAAAGUGCUAUUAGAUAUUUUGAAUAAGGCACAUGUUGGACAUGACAUUUCAGUGGAAAAGUUCAGCGGAAUUAUUGGAAGCAUUACGUCUUCAAAUUCUAUAGUCUUCACGGAUGAUGAAACCCCUGAAGGUUUAGGCCAUAUAAAAGCACUGCAUAUUCAAGUGAAGUACAAGGAUUAUGUUAUAGCAAGAGUUUUAGUGGAUAACGGUUCAGCUCUUAAUAUAAUGCCUAAAUCUACACUAUUAAAGCUCCCAGUGGACAUGUCAUACAUCAAAUCAAGUACUAUGGUAGUGAGAGCUUUUGAUGGAUCACGAAGAGAAGUAAUUGGUGACAUUGAAUUACCAAUCAAAAUUGGCCCAUGUACUUUCAAUAUAGUCUUUCAAGUAAUGGAGAUAACACCUACUUACAGCUUUUUGUUAGGUCGUCCUUGGAUUCACUCUGCAGGAGUGGUGCCAUCUACAUUGCAUCAAAAAUUGAAAUUUAUUGUUGGGAGUAAGAUGAUUUGUUUAAUGGGAGAGGAAGAUUUUCUGAUAACAAAACCGAUAUCAACCCCAUAUGUGGAGGCAACAGAAGAAGCUUUAGAGUGUUCUUUUCGCUCUUUUGAAAUUGCUCAUGCAACUAUGAUGGAAGCAACUGCAGGUGAAGUAAUAAAGUCACACAUGCCUAAAGUUACGACAAAAAGGAUGAUGAGAAGUGGAGGAUAUGGUUUGAAUCAAAGCUUGGAAACACUUCUAAAUACACCAAGCAAUGAAGGGAGAUUUGGUUUGGGUUAUAUGCCAAACGUAUAUGAUAAAAUUAGGCUUCAAAAAGAAAAGAAGAAAAGGUGUUUGGAAAAGCAAGGGAUGAUGGUGUUUGAUCCAAGUCUAAAAUUUAUACCAGCAUUAUAUGAUACUUUCAAGAGUGCUGGUAUAAGUUACUCAUCACGUGACUCUGAUUCAAAACAUUGUUUGUUAACAAAGAUGGAGAGUUUAUCAAUUGCAGCAGUGGCACAAGAAGCAUCAUUUGAAGAUGAAACAGUUUAUGCAUGUCCACCUAAUUUUGAGCUUAACAAUUGGGAUGUUUUUCUUUCUUGCAUCUUGCAAAUUAAACACAAAAGUCCAAACUUUUUCAUAGACAACAUUCAUAAGAACGAAGAUGUUAGUAAUUCCAGUUCUACCCUUGAUACCUUAAUAUACACUAUGGAAUCUGACAAAGAGAGUGACGAUGAAAAUGCUGGGAGAAUAUCCUCAGAACUGUUAAGAUUAGUAGAAGAAGAAGAUAAGGUCUUAGGUCCUCACCAAGAGCUAGUUGAAGUAAUCAAUUUGGGUUCUCAGGAGGAAUCAAAAGAGGUAAAAAUUGGCACAUCAAUGACCAGUGAAACUCGAAAAAAAAUAAUCAAUUUGUUACGUGAGUACUCAGAUAUUUUUGCUUGGAGUUAUCAGGAUAUGCCGGGGUUAAAUACGGAUAUUGUAGUACAUCGUGUUCCUUUGAAGCCAGAAUGCAAUCCAGUAAGACAAAAGCUACGUAAAAUGAAGCCUGAUAUAUUGAUUAAAAUGAAAGAGGAAGUACAAAAACAAAUUGAAGCAGGAUUCCUCAUAGUCUCCAAAUAUCCUGAAUGGGUGGCAAAUAUUGUUCCAGUACCUAAAAAAGACGGAAAAGUGAGAAUGUGUGUGGACUAUAGAGAUUUAAAUCGAGCUAGUCCAAAAGAUAACUUCCCUUUACCUCACAUCGACAUGUUGGUGGAUAACACUGCAGGAUAUUCAACUUUCUCCUUCAUGGAUGGUUUCUCAGGAUAUAAUCAAAUCAAAAUGGCUGAAGAAGAUAGAGAAAAAACAACAUUCAUUACCCUUUGGGGAACAUUUUGCUACAAAGUAAUGCCUUUUGGUUUGAAAAAUGCCGGGGCAACAUAUCAGCGAGCAAUGGUUACACUUUUUCAUGAUAUGAUGCAUAAGGAAAUAGAGGUGUAUGUUGAUGAUAUGAUUGCAAAAUCCAAGGCAAAUGAAGAUCAUACAACUAUACUUCAAAAAUUAUUCGAUCGGUUGAGAAAGUAUCAAUUGAAAUUAAAUCCAUCCAAAUGUACAUUUGGGGCAACCUCGGGAAAACUGUUGGGAUUCAUUGUCAGUGAAGAAGGGAUCAAAGUAGACCCAGAUAAAGUGAAGGCUAUCAUGGACAUGCCAUCCCCUGAAACGGAAAAAGAAGUUCGAGCCUUUCUUGGAAGACUGAAUUACAUAUCCAGAUUUAUCUCACAUUUGACCCCAACUUGCGAACCAAUCUUCAAGCUUUUACGUAAAAAUAAUCCAGGAAAAUGGAAUGAGGAUUGUGAAGAAGCUUUCAACAAAAUUAAGCAAUAUCUACAAAGCCCACCUGUAUUGAUACCUCCAGCUCCAGGACGGCCGUUAAUCCUAUACUUGACGGUUUUAGAAGGUUCUAUGGGUGGUGUUCUAGGACAACAUGACUUAUCAGGAAAGAAAGAGCAUGCUAUUUAUUAUUUAAGCAAAAAAUUCACCGAUUAUGAGUCGAAAUACUCAAUGUUAGAGCGAACUUGUUGUGCUUUGGUAUGGACCGCUCACCGUUUGAGGCAAUAUAUGUUAUAUCAUACGACAUGGCUUAUUUCAAAAAUGGAUCCAAUAAAAUACAUUUUUGAGAAACCGUCAUUAUCUGGUAGAAUUGCAAAGUGGCAAGUUUUGUUGUCAGAGUAUGAUAUUGUUUAUGUUACUAAAAAAGCAAUAAAGGGAAGUGCGCUUGCUGAUCAUUUAGCUGCCCAACCAGUAGCAGAUUACGAGCCAAUGAGCGUUGAUUUUCCUGAUGAAAACAUAUUUUUAGUUGAAAAUGAUGCUACGGAUCAUGAGACUUGGAUUAUGCUUUUUGAUGGUGCCUCAAAUGAGUUGGGACAUGGGAUUGGAGUUGUACUAAUUUCCCCAAAAGGAAAGGUAUUUCCCCUAACAGCUAAGUUAUGUUUUGAAUGCACUCACAAUAUCGCUGAAUAUGAAGCUUGUAUUAUGGGACUUCAAGCAGCAAUCGACAUGAGUGUUAAAAAGUUGAAAGUUUUGGGUGACUCAAUGCUAGUAAUACAUCAAGUCAAGGAAGAAUGGGAAACAAGAGAUGCUAAAUGUCCUUAUAGCCAAUACAUUGCAAAAUUAUCUCAAAAUUUUGAGAAAAUUUCAUUUGACCAUGUUCAUAGGGAAGACAAUCGAAUGGCAGAUGCAUUAGCCACCCUGGCAGUCAUGUUUAAUCUUAAUCUUGAGUAUGAGCUUUAUCCAAUCCAAAUUACGAAAAGAGAUGCGCCGGCAUAUUGCAUGAAUAUUGAAAAUGACAACAAGCCAUGGUAUUUUGAUAUCAAGCAAUACAUAAAGUGUAGAGAAUAUCCAUAUGGAGCUUCAAAGAGAAAGCGCACAAUAAGAAGGUUGGCCAUGAACUUUUUCUUAAGUGGUGAAGUUCUUUAUAAAAGAAACCAUGAUAUGGUACUCCUUCGGUGUGUUGAUGUGGAAGAAGCAAAACAAAUUAUGAUAGAAAUUCAUGAAGGAAUAUGUGGAACACAUGCUAACGGACAUACUAUGGCCAGACAAAUACUUAGAUCUGGUUAUUAUUGGACAACGAUGGAAUCAGACUGCAUAAAAUAUGCAAGAGAAUGUAAAAAGUGUCAAAUUUAUAUGGAUAGGAUUCAUGCAGCAGCAUCUCCAUUGCAUGUCUUGUCAGCACCAUGGCCAUUUUCUUUGUGGGGAAUUGAUGUUAUUGGACCCAUUGAUCCUAAAGCCUCAAAUGGUCAUCGUUUUAUUCUUGUAGCCAUUGAUUACUUCACUAAAUGGAUAGAGGCGGCAUCUUACUGCAAUGUUACAAGAGGAGUGGUACUCAAGUUUAUCAAAAAAGAGUUGAUCUGUCGUUAUGGUCUACCAGAGGGUAUUAUUACAGAUAAUGCCAAGAACCUUAAUAACAAAAUGAUGGACGAACUUUGUGAGAAAUUCAAGAUCAAUCACAGAAAUUCGACUCCAUAUCGCCCCAAGAUGAAUGGGGCAGUUGAGGCAGCCAACAAAAAUAUUAAAAGAAUCAUUGAGAAGAUGACAACAACAUACAAAGAUUGGCAUGAAAUACUACCGUUUGCAUUGCAUGGAUAUCGCACAUCAGUUCGUACUUCAACAGGGGCAACACCAUUUUCUUUGGUUUAUGGUAUGGAAGCUGUCCUACCUUUAGAAGUUGAGAUACCUUCAUUGAGAGUUCUCAUGGAAGCUAAGUUAGAUGAAGCUGAAUGGAUAAGAGGUCGUUAUGAGCAGUUGAAUUUCAUUGAAGAAAAACGUUUGACAGCAUUAAGUCAUGGACAACUUUACCAAAAAAGACUAAUGCGAGCAUACAAUAAAAAGGUACACCCUCGAAGUUUUCGAGAAGGAGAUUUAGUGUUAAAAAGGAUACUUCCAUUUCUAAAGGACCAUCGAGGAAAAUGGACUCCUAAUUAUGAAGGUCCGUUCGUGGUAAAAAAGGCAUUUUCAGGAGGAGCUUUACUUUUAACCAAUAUGGAUGGUGUUGAGUUAAAAAAUCCGGUGAAUUCAGAUUAUGUUCGAAGAUACUAUGCGUGA